CAGCUCGCAGUCCAACAGCCCUCGCCACCUUCCGCUUCGUUCUCCUUCAAGCGCCAUGACAAAGCAGCUCCGAGGCAGCGCUUUCUCCGCCUGCGCCGUGUUGGCGGCCUUCACCGUUGCUGGCUGGGCCUUUGUGUCGCCCCGGGUGUCAAUGCGACAGCCACAGCUGAACAGGGAACUGGUGCAGCGCCAGUUCUUCGGGAACAAGCCAGCGCAGCCAGCCGUGGAGGAGGAGACAGUCGGCGACAAGAUCAAGGCCUUCUGGGCGGACGAGCGCACGCAGAAGUUCAUCGCCUUCGGGGGGUUGGCCUCCACGGCGCUGGACAUGCUGGGCCUCCUGGGCGGAGAGGCGGGCGUGGGCGCGAGCCUCUCGGAGGCGUUCGCCACCUUCGACGCGGGCGCCGCCUUGUCCGAGGGCAGCUCCACGGCCGAGGCCCUGGCCGACGCAGCGCAGUCCGCGGAUUUCUCCUCCGCCUCCGAGUCCAUCGGUGAGUUCGGGGCCAACUGAGGCCGCAGCGUCCAUUUGUCGCGACUUGGAGCACUUUCUGGGCAACCACGAGGUGUUUUGCUUAAAGAACUAGUCAUGGCCAGGCCAUUUUUUGUGGUUGAAGAAUCACCAUUUGCCCAGAGGGCCUGCUAAGCAGGAAAACGAGGCACUCCAAGAGCGGAAGCGAGGGAUGGAGCUGGGCAUUUUCCACCAAGCCGGCUUGUUCCAUUGGAAGGCCAUGGCUGGUGCAGGCCGCUUGUGCAAUGCUGUACGUUGUGCAUGGGCCAACCGUUUCGAAGCCAACACAACUCCCCUGGUUCAGCCGGCAUUUUCGGGUUGCGUCGCUGGCAUGGGCGUGCCGAAACGGCACGCCGCAAAGCUGGUGCUCUGGAGAUUGGGGA